AUGGUUGUAUCAUGUUCAGGGUAUGGGUGUACAAAUAGGCGACAGAAAGAAAACGGGAUACAUUUCCAUCGAUUUCCUCUAAAAAGACCAGACGUUUUAAAAAAAUGGUUACAUGAAAUACGACGAAAAAAUUUUACACCCAACCAGUACAGCUAUUUAUGCAGUGAACAUUUCACACCUAGUGAUUAUUUAAAUGAAUCUCGUCCAGAGUUAGAUAAGAAGUUGCUAAAAGAUGAAGCAGUUCCAUCAGUCUUUAAAUUUCCUCAGCAUUUACAAAAAAAACAAAAAGCUAGUCGUCCACUACUUCAAAAUCGUCAAAAGGCCAAUGAUCAAAAUAAUAUGAUUCAUGCAGAAAUAGUUAAUGAAGCUGGCGAAGAUUCAUCCACUAAUACCAUGUUUUACCAGAGUGAAACAUCUCACCAAAAGGAAGAUAAAAUGGUACAGUGUAAUAUUAAAACUUUUAAUAAAAAAUUGUACCAAAACAAGAUUAAGAUAUUACAACAACGAUUGAAAAGAAGAAAUAGUAAAAUUAAAUCAUUAAAAGAUUUGAUUCUAAGAAUAAAAAAAAAUGUUACAUAUUCUGAUGAAGUAACUCAAAUGCUGGAAGAAAAUUUUGGUGGGUUUCCAUUAACGUUAUUAUUGCAUGAACAUAAGUCUAAAAUGCUUCAUAAGAAGGGUGUUCGCUAUACAAAUGCUAUGAAAGACUUUGCUAAAACCCUUUUUUUUUAUUCACCUAAAGCUUAUAAAUAUGUACGCAAAAUGUUCACGCUACCGCAUCCUUCAACUAUUAGAAAAUGGUUAAGUAGUACAGAAUGUGAACCUGGCUUCUUGGAAGAAGUAUUUUUGUUUUUGAAACAAGAAGUUUCUAAAAAUUCUUGGCUUCAAGAUUGUUCACUUGUUCAUGAUUCAAUGUCUUUAAGAAAGCAACUAGUUUGGGAACCAGAUAAAGGUAGAUAUGCAGGAAAUGUUGAUUUUGGUACUGGUGAAAAUUCUGAAUUAGCAACUGAAGCUUUAGUAUUAAUGAUAGUUAGCUUAACUAGACAGUUUAAAUGUCCUAUUGGUUUUUUUUAUGUCAACAAAAUUAACAGUAGUGUUUUAAGUACCUUAAUAUCUACUGCUAUUAUUAAACUUAAUGAGGUUGGAAUACAAGUAUGGAAUGUAACUUGCGAUGGUGCUCCUUCUAAUUUACAAAGCUUCAAAAAAUUAGGCUGUAAUUUUGAGACGCAUAGUUUGAACACAAAAUUUACUGUAAAUAAUGCAAAUAGAUCAAUUGAAGUAUAUUCUAUUUUUGAUACUUGUCAUAUGCUUAAACUUGCUAGAUCUUCUUUGGCUGAUAAACAAAUUAUUCAAUCUAAUAUUGGUGAUAUUAAAUGGCAGCAAUUAUUGUACACCAAAAAUAUUAUUGUUGAGAAUGGAAAUUGCUCAUAUUAUGAAAUUCCCGGUGGAGAUAUAUUGGAUUUUCGUUCUGAAAAAAGAAGUAUUAAAAAAUCUACUAAUAAUGAUGAUGUUUUUGAUGAGUUCGAUGUGUUUGGUGAUGAAUAUAAAAAUCUUUUAUCCAAUUUAUAUUUAAAAGAAUAUACUGGCGAAAUAUUAGAUUAUAUUGCUGGAUAUAUUGUAAGAAAUAUAUCUAGAAAAAUAGUUUGCCCUUUUUGUAUAGAUAUAUUAAUUGAUGGACAGUCUGACCAUAGCUACACAAAAAAUAUAAACUUUACCUCUUUUAUUACCAGAGGAAAAUUAAAAAUAGUUUCUCCUGCUGUUUCUUUAAUUCUUAAAGAAUUGGAAAAAUCCUUUCAACUUAUUGUGGUCAUGCAAAAAAAACUACAUACAAAUGUAAAAACUAAUAUUUUAAUGCUAGCAAGGAAGAAUAUAUUAAAUAAGUCAAAUUUAUUCUUUUUUCCUAAUACUCAUCCUAUAAAUGUCGAACUUGGUUCUCCUAGUCAUGAGCAUAAACUAUUCUCAGCUCUUAGUGAGAGCUACAUAAAUAUUAGAAUGCGACAUUAUGCUAAAGAAGUUAAUGCAAAGGAAGUAUUAAAAAAUAAAAGUUCUUUGAGACAAAAAUUAACUAAACUAAUAUUAUUUCAAAAUGUUUAA